CAUGCUGACUGAAGUGUUGUUAUUUUAUUCAUGCUUUGUCAUGCACGCGACUGUGUGUUAUUCUGCUCACACCGUACACUCUUGUGAGGUGUAAAGGAGACUAGAAAUAAUCUUCUACCUGGUUCAGCAGUAAACGUGAGCAGGUCUCCAUGGCCCAGUUCGGGGGGCAGAAGAACCCUCCGUGGGCGGCCCAGUAUGCGGCGACAGCGGUUUCACAGCCCGGCCACUCAGGACAGUCACUGGACAUGAACAGUUUACACUCGUUAGGAGUACAGCAGCCGUCCCUUUUGGGAGCGUCUCCUAUGUACACUCAGCAGUCGGCUUUAGCCUCCCUCAACUCUCAGUCAGCUGCCAACUACCAGCUCUCACAGCAGACCGCAGCGCUCCAGCAGCAGGCUGCCGCAGCCGCCGCUGCGUUACAGCAGUCGCAGAUCAAUUCAGCCCUGCAUCAGUAUCAGCAGCAGCAACAGCAGCAGCAACAACAACAGCAACAGCAGCCACCUCAAGCUCCUCCACCUCAGCAAACUCUUUACAACGUCCCACAUCAGCUUCCACAACCCCAACAAGCCCUGCUAUCACAGCCCCCUGUUGCCUUGCCCACCAGCCUGAGCCUGUCCAACCCGCAGCAGACGGCACAGAUAACCGUAUCCUACCCGACCCCGCGCUCCAGCCACCAGCAGCAGACCCAACCCCAAAAGCAGCGUGUUUUCACCGGGGUCGUCAGCAAGCUACAUGAUACUUUCGGCUUUGUUGAUGAAGAUGUCUUCUUCCAGCUCAGUGCGGUUAAGGGGAAAACACCCCAAGUCGGCGAUCGUGUUCUGGUGGAAGCUGUCUACAAUCCCAACAUGCCUUUCAAGUGGAAUGCCCAGCGCAUCCAGACGUUACCUCAGCUGCCCAACCAAACGCACCAGCCGCCUCAGCCCUUACCUCAGGUUUCCCCACAGCUGUCCAGCUUUUACUCUGAAGCAGGAAUGCAGCGAUACUCUGACAUACACUCUGCGGUGGAUUCAAGACAAAAUAGCCAGCCGCCAGGCCCAAACAUGAUGAAACAAGGUCCCACCAUGCUGCAGUCUCUCCCCCCGCCCACCACGUUCAGCAUCCCAGCCCAGGGACCUCCUCCUUCUCUUCUGCAGGCCCAGCUCUCAGCUGUCUCUCUGGCUCCACUGCUGCAGAACCCCCCACAGCCCCUGCUACCCCAGCCUCCCCCUAAAGACUCUGUGUUCUCAGGGGGUUUGCUGCAGCCCCCGGUGCGGAUGAUGCCUCAGCCGCAACAAGUGAGGCGUGUGGACCCUUCACCCCGCUUCCCCAGCCGCAGUGACCGACCAGAACUCAUCCUGAGGAAGGAUGACCGCAAUCGGGAAAGAGAGCGAGAGCGAAGGAGAUCAAGAGAACGUUCACCCCCACGGAAGCGUUCUAGAGACCGAUCGCCUCGCAGAGAACGCUCUCCAAGACGGCCACGCAGAGUCGUCCCGAGAUAUACUGUGCAGUUCUCCAAAUUCUCUCUCAAUGGUUCCAACUGUGACAUGAUGGAGUUGCGGCGGAGGUAUCAGAGCCUCUACAUCCCCAGUGACUUUUUUGACGCUGUAUUUACCUGGGUAGAUGCCUUUCCCUUAACUCGACCUUUCACCUUUGGAAACUACUGUAACUUCCACAUCAUGCAUAAAGAGGUGGACUCUCUGGUGAAGAACACGGCUGUGCUGGACCCACCUGAUGCCAAUCACACCUACAGUGCAAAGGUAAUGCUGCUGGCCAACCCUAGUCUAGAUGAGCUGUAUCAUAAGUCCUGUGCUCUGGCAGAAGAUCCAUCAGAGCUGAGAGACCCCUUCCAGCACCCUGCCCGCCUCAUCAAGUUCCUGGUGGGAAUGCGGGGCAAGGACGAGGCCAUGGCCAUCGGGGGUCACUGGUCUCCCUCUUUGGAUGGGGCCGACCCGGAAAACGAUGCCUCUGUCCUUAUAAAGACAGCCAUACGUUGUUGUAAGGCUCUGACAGGCAUUGAUCUGAGUUUAUGCACGCAGUGGUAUCGUUUUGCAGAGAUACGCUAUCACCGCCCUGAGGAGACUCACAAAGGGCGGACAGUCCCCGCACAUGUGGAGACAGUGGUUUUAUUUCUCCCGGAUGUUUGGCAUUGUCUUCCUACCCGCUCAGAGUGGGAGGGCCUGUCCCGUGGACUCAAGGAGCAGCUGGCAGAGAAACUCUUGGCUGAACGGAAGGAGGCUGAUGGAGAACAGGAGGAGGAGGAUAAGGACGAAGAUGAUUCAAAGGAAGUCACGACACCGACUCACUGGUCUAAGCUUGAUCCGAAAUCCAUGAAGGUCAAUGACUUGCGUAAGGAGUUGGAGAGCCGUUCACUGAGCUCUAAAGGGCUGAAGUCUCAGCUGAUCGCUCGCCUCACCAAACAGCUGAAGGUGGAGGAGCAGGUGGAGGAGUCAAAGGAGCCAGAGAAGCCUGAACCUGCGAGUGUGGAGGAGGAUGAGUGCUGCAGACCGGAGGAUGACCAAGAGGAAGAGGAACGAAAGCGACAGGAGGAGCAGGAACGCCAGCGCAGGGAGAGACGUUAUGUUCUGCCAGAUGAGCCCACCAUUAUUGUCCAUCCCAACUGGGCUGCAAAGAAUGGCAAAUUCGACUGCAGCAUCAUGUCCUUGAGUGUGCUGCUGGACUACAGACUGGAGGAUAAUAAAGAGCACUCCUUUGAGGUGUCUUUGUUUGCUGAAUUAUUCAAUGAGAUGCUUCAACGAGACUUCGGCUACAGGAUCUACAAAGCACUGGCUUCUCUUCCCAGCAAGGAUGAGAGGAAAGAUAAGAGAGAGAAAGCUAAAAAAGAUGCAGAAAGGAGGGACGUAAAGAAGGAGAAAGGAGAAAAUGGAGAGCCGGCCAUAAAGAGAAUGAGGGAGGAGGAUGAGAAGAGGAAGGAUGAGGAGAAGGAGAGGGGUUUUAAGAGAGAAGAAUCCAAAGAUGAUGAUGAUAAUGAAGACGGCAGCAGCAACAACAACGCUGAUGAAUAUGACCCACUGGAGGCAGAAGACGCAGACGAUUAUGACGACGAUGAUAAAGAUGAUGAAGACUCAAAUGGCAGAGACAGAAGAGAUGACCGACGAGAUGAACGGAAGUCCAAAGAGAGGUCAUCUAAAGAUAAAGAUGAGAAGAAAAAGCAGAUGGUGACGUUUAACAAGGAUCUGCUGAUGGCCUUUGUUUACUUCGACCAGAGUCACUGUGGCUACCUGCUGGAGAAGGACUUGGAGGAGAUCAUGUACACACUGGGCUUGCAUCUCUCCAGAGCUCAGGUGAAGAAAUUGUUAAACAAACCAUUGAUUAGAGAGUCCUUCCAUUAUCGAAAGCUAACGGACAGACCCAAGGACGAGCCUAGCCCCACGCUGCCCUCUGAUGCUCUGAUAGACAACCUUUUAGGUAACCAAAGCCUGCUUCCCAGUCUGAAGAUCAAGCGGGAAUCAGAGGACAGCGGCGAGUCGUCUAGCCUGAUCGUCUACAAGGGAGCCAUGGUGGAUGUGGGAAGCAUGAUGCAGAAGCUGGAGAAGAGCGGGAAAACCCGAGAGGAAAUUGAGCAGAAGCUCAUGCAGCAGGACAUUAAAAUGGAGGAGGACUCAAAGCAUAUAGCCGAGUUAGAAGCAGCAAACCGCAGUCUUCAGAGAGAGCUGGAGGAGGUGAAGAACAAUCUCACGGAGACGGAGAACAACCUGAGAGCCUCAGCCGAGCAGAAAGAUGGCUUCGAAGAACAGCUCCACAGCACAGUGUCCAGCCUCGACACUCUCAUGAAGGAGCUGCAGGGAGUUUUAUCACACGGGGAUCCUUCAGAUGACGUCGGUGAGCAAAAACCUCAAUCUAAUGGCUCAGAUGAGUGAACAUCCUUCUCCCGCUUAUCCAUGUCAAAUAUCUCUUCAAAUGUGUAAAUAAGCUUAAAACUAACACAAUUCUAAGACUAAUUUAAUUUUGAUCUUUUUGGGGGUUUGUGUGUACAGUUUUAAUGACCGUGGAGGUAAACUUACUUUUCCUCAUAAUUCUAUAUUUGAAACUAAUUCUUUGAUUUUGAAAAAUAAUUCUUCUGAAUAAAAUUAAUACACUUAACAAGUUCAAGUUUAAAUGUUUUGUUUGAUUUGUGUAAACGUUUUGGUUAAUAAUCC